CACCCGGUACGCUGCAAAGUGAACCCCGGAAGUGGCAACGAUGCUGACCGUAGCUCUGAAUCCGAAUCUCCCUCCAUUUUCAUGCUGCAACCGCACCUCCUCCUCCUCUUUAGUGUUAGUAGUCCCUUCGACGAUCGGGACUCACGUCUCUUAUCGACGCCCGAACCCGUCGCCGUCCGAACCGCUCUUCGCCGGCCCUCACCAUCGUUCCCUCGUCUCUUCUUCGCUGCGAUUCCGACACCCUCACUUCGACUUUCAUGUCGUUUCGGGGCGGAGACACCGCAGGUUUGAGGUUAGCGGCUUACGGAGGCGUAGGAAAGGCGGCAACUUGGAAGCGGAUGGUCUCGAGAGGAAUGGUAAAGUAAUGGGAUAUGAUGAUGAUGAUGAUUACGAUGAUGAUGAGGAGGAGGAUGAGGAGGAAGAGAUGUAUUCUCCGUUUGAUAAGAUGGCCAAGUGGCACGAGAACAAGCCGAUUGGGUUUGGGGUUGGCAAAGUGUACGACACUUCCGUUGAAGACAAGCUGCUCGAGGAAAUGCACCAGAGUCGGGUGGCUCAGGCUGCUAAUAUCAAUAAGCUCAAGAACAAUCUCGUCGCGCCCACCCCUCCCAGGAAAGACGAGUCACACCUUAAAGCGACAGAGGCACUUCCAAGCGGAAUUCCUGUUCGUGUGGUCAACCUCCCUAAGAAGAAGAAUAUCCAUAGAGAUCUAAGAUUGGCUUUUAAAGGAGUUGAUGGAAUCACCGGUAUUCAUCCAGCCAUCUCUGGAAACAAGAAAACAAGAGAUCCUAUCUGCACGGGCUUUGCCUUUGUAUAUUUUAAGUCUGAGGAGCAUGCAAUGAGUUUUGUCCAAACAUUUUCUCGGCGGAGCUUAACAUUUGGUAAGGUUCAGAAGCAGAUCAAAUGCCUGAUGAUGUCUUCACAUCUCCCUGUUCAUGAACACGCAGAAUUGGCCAGUGACACCCUUGUGACUUCUCAAAUCACCACGUGUGAUAUGGAAGGGGAGCCAGAUUUGCAUGGUGAUGUCUCUGAGCCUACUUCAGGUUCCUUGGAGGAUCUCACUUCUGAAAAGGAGAAUGAGUGGAAUGAUGAGAUCGAACUAGAUGAAUAUGAAACUAGAGAGGAUAUGGAGACUUUUGACGUGUCAGAUUUUGAGACUUUUGGCUCCUUAGAAUCAGGAACAAAGAUUGUCACUGCUUCAUCUUCUACCGACCAGCGAGGGAAAGCAACACUCGCCAGAGUUGCCGCAAAACAAAAGAAACCACGGCCAAAUCCCAAACAGCCUUCUGGCAAAGGGAAAGCGGAGAAGGUUUUGAAACAAGAAGUUCCGGGAUCUGCUAAACGGUUAAAGAUCAAGGAGAAGGCUGUGCUAACCGGUGUUUUGUCUAAAUACGGAGGAAAAGCUGCUUUAACCUCGAACGACAUUUCAUUAGGUUAAAUUGUUUUAUAGAUGCGAGAGGAGGAAAAUCAUUUCAUGCUUGCAUAAAGAAGAUUGAUAAAUGGCCAGUCAUGUUCUUUGUU